UGACAGCACACCGCAGCUUGAGCUCGGUCGUAUCCCUCUGGGCCACGCCAAGUGUCAGCAACAAGCACCGAACCCCUCCUCCCCCACCUGCUAGCCCAUGGCGGCGACUCCUCCCGCCGCCGCCGCCGCCGCGGGCGGGGCGCACCACAGCGUGUUCGUCUACGGGAGCCUGAUGGCGGAGGAGGUGGUCACCGCCAUCCUCAAGCGCGUCCCGGCCUCCUCCCCGGCGCUCCUCACCAACUACCACAGGUUUAACGUCAAGGAUCGUAUUUAUCCAGCAAUCCUACCUGUUGAAAACAAGAAAGUUGCUGGGAAGGUUAUGAUGGGCAUUUCUGAUGCAGAACUCAUUGUCUUGGAUGCAUUUGAGGAUUUUGAGUAUGUAAGGAGAAGAGUUCAGAUAUCACUAACCGAUACAUCAGAGAUAAUGCAUGCUGACACUUAUGUAUGGAGUGAUGCAGAGGAUCCAGAUCUGUAUGGUGAAUGGGAUUUUGAGGAGUGGAAGAGGGUUCACAUGAAGGAUUUCCUAACGAUGACACUUGGAUUCAUGGACGGACUCGAACGGCCCGAACCGAAGACCCGGGUCGAGACCUACCAGUCUUUCAUGCACGAGCACGAACAACCUGAAUCAGGAACCCAGGUCGAGAGUUGAGUUAGGAUCAUUCUUCAUGAAGAACCGAUUCGUCAGUGUUCUGUAAUAGCGUUAUCUGAAACAGCUUAUAUCCUCAGAUUUGUGAAUAAGAUCUUUAUAGGAUCAUUCUCACUGAAACAAAUUCGAAUACAAUCUCUUCUGUGAGACCCCUGAUGAUCCAAGUAGUGAUGUGUAUCAGAAUAAAAUCCUUUCUGCUAGAAUUGAGAUGAAAUAGGUGCUGUUAAUGCAUGAUUUUACAAGCAAAAUGAAACCAUCUUAUAUUCUG